AUGAAUGCAGAGGACACGUUGAUCUUUGUCAACCAGGAGAACGUGUCGGUCGCCAUCACCAGCUCAGACUCGAUGGGCAACCUGGUGUAUACGCCCUUUGAUAUUGUUAUCUCUGCGUAUGAUACGGAAACUUUCACGGGUCUUGGCGAUUUGGACAGCGGCAACUACACGUUCCGCGUGACCUUUGUCAACGACAACAGCGACCAGUUUGACGGCUACUUGUUCCUGGAACCCCGCCCCACUACCUCCACCACUACCACCACCAGCACGACCACCACGUCCACCACAUCAACGACCACUACCACCACCAGCACGACCACCACCUCGACCACCUCGACCACCACCACCACUACCACACCCAUUCCUCAAACGGCUGUUGAUGUGUACCGCACGAUGGAUGAGCGUCUGUAUUGCGAGCCCGGCUGGACUCUGAAGCGCACCACUUGCUACAAGGUCGAGACUGUGCUCGAAGCCACGGCCUACCAUGCUGACUUUGCCUGCAUGGACAUGACCUACUCGGCUGUGGGCUUUUCGAUGGAGGCCACCCUCGCCACGCCAAGCACAGCUCAGGAGCUUGAGGAGGUGAGCGAGGUCAUUGCUGCCACCUCUGGUGUCAACAAGGAGCCCUUUGUUGGUCUCUUUGUCGAUCCUUUGGCCCAAGCCCGCCGCUGGACAGGCGGUGAGCUAGCUUCGGAUGUGCCCUGGUCUGCUACCCCGGGCUUUUCCCUUGCUGAAGCCUGUACCUACAUCAGCGAUGGGGUGUUGACCGCCACUCGGUGCCAAGAUCGCCGCCCCUACGUUUGCGCUGCUGCUGCCGCCGUCCGCUAUGCCUAUGAGCCCACGGAUGAGAAGCAGAGCACAAUUGCCAUCAGCAGCAGCUCUGUGAUUUCCGUGACCUCGUACCUUGAUCGUGAACAGUGCUUCCUGGGCUGUGACCUGCUUGAUGAGUGUGUGGCCGUGUACGUGGCGAUUGAUACCCAGUCAUGCAUGUACGUUGCCGAGAACGAGGGUUCGGGCUCGGACUCUGUGUUCGGCUUCCUCUACCUCAAGGGCGACCUCCUCCCCUACACGACAACCACUACCACCACCUCGACAACCUCGACAACCACUACCUCCCACCACCACCUCUACGACUUCCACCACGACAACGACCUCAACCACCACCACCUCAACCACCUCAACCACUACAACAUCCACGACAACGACCUCAACUACCACUACUUCCACAACUACCACCAGUACCACCACAACAUCCACGACAACGUCCACAACUACCACCACUUCCACAACUACCACGACCACCACCUCGACCACCUCAACCACCUCCACAUCUACAACCACGACCACGACCAUUACACAUGUGUAUGUGCAAGACUACGCGGGUGCUCGCAAUGGCAACCCGGGCCUCCGUUACCCCAACGUGUACGCCGACACGUUCAUCACUCUGUAUCCUGGCAGCCCUGAAGAGUGUGGCGUGCAGUGCGACAAGUACAACAAGUGCAUGGGCUUUGCCUAUUAUUAUGACGCGUCUGCCAACGGGCGCUGCCGUCUGCUGGACCGCCUUGAGGGCCCGGGCGUUUCCACGAAUCUGCUGAUUGAUUCUUACCGCCGCCUUGAGGUCACACCAACCGAUGUCAGCAUCUAGACAGUAAUGCAGAAGGAGCCGAGCAUUGUGCUGUGACAUGACUGGCUAGGGAAUGCUUCGCGUCCGAGAGCACCGAUGUACGACCUUGCGUGCAGGAUUGACGUGAUGAUCCCUUCUCAAGUGUCUUUAAGUACAAGUCGUCACUGCUAAUCCAUUUUGCUUGGAUAUUUCCCUUUGUGUGUGUGUGUGUGCGUAUGUGUCAAAUUUAUAUCCGCAACUUG